CGGGGACUUUUAUUCUGGAGGACAGCAAACGCGGGACUCUUACUUUGACCCUCGCAUCUCUUCUGGUUGCUGCCUCUCCACGCCGAGCUGCUGCACCGGGAAAAUGUCUCGAGUUUACGUGGGAAAAUUGAGCUACCGCGCCAGAGAGAAAGAUGUGGAGAGGUUUUUUAAAGGCUAUGGGAAGAUACUGGAAGUAGACCUGAAAAACGGAUAUGGCUUUGUGGAGUUUGAUGACCCCCGAGAUGCAGAUGACGCUGUGUGCGAUCUGAACGGCAAAGACCUGUGUGGGAAGCGCGUGAUUGUGGAGCACACCAUAGGACAGCGGCGCGAUGGUGGCACUGGCAGCAGAUCUGGAAGAAGUAGUCGGUAUGGUCGUGGAGGAGGGGAAAGGUUCGGCCCACCCACUCGCACAGAUUACAGGCUGAUUGUGGAAAAUCUCUCCAGUCGCUGCAGCUGGCAGGACCUGAAGGACUACAUGCGUCAGGCUGGUGAGGUGACUUAUGCAGACACUAACAAGGGCCGCAAGAACGAGGGGGUCAUUGAGUUCAGGCAGUACUCGGACAUGAAAAGAGCCCUGGAGAAACUGGACGGCACCGAGGUCAACGGAAGGAAGAUUCGGCUCAUCGAGGACCGGCCUGGUGCCAGACGCCGCCGCUCCUACUCUCGCAGCGCCUCCAGGUCUCGCUCCAGGAGCAGGAGGUCUCGCAGGAGCCGAAGCCACAGCCGAACCAGUAGCCGCUCAAGAGCCUCAGGCUCACGAUCACGCAGCAGGUCAACCAGCAAGAAGGCAAAGGGCAGGAGCAGUAGGAUGGAGGAGAGCAGUAAUGGAGCUCGCAGGGGAGGUGAAAGCGCUAGGGAUAAUAGCACGAGCUUAAGCCCCCCGAGCAAAAAGAGCAAACGGGAGAACAAGAGGGCUCGCUCCUCUUCUCGAUCCAGGUCCCGGUCCAGAUCUCGAUCCAAAUCGGAGAACGACAAGGAUUUCUCCCGAGAGUCUGGGUCCAAAUCUCAGGAGGCAAACAAGAGCAGCGAUGAAGGCCGGGCGACUGAAAGGCCGCACCGCUCUAAAGCUCAUUCUCGAUCCAGAUCUCAAACGCCACCAGAUGCUGAUCUGCGGAGGGAAUCCAGAUCCAGAUCCAAAUCUCGCUCGCAUUCACGCUCGCGGUCUUAUUCCCGAUCUCGAUCCCGCUCAAGGUCACGUUCUUAAGUUUAAAGAAAAAGAUACAAAAUUUCUGAUUGGCAUUUUUUUUUUCUUGUUUUCCAGUCUAACUAAACAUCUUUAAAACAAGAAUAUAUCUUGUUUUGUUUGUUUUUUUUACCCCACUGACAAUUUUUGUCACUAAAUGGUUAGAUUUGUGCUAUAAAAAAAUGACAAUUUGUGGUUGAGGUAAGAAAAUAAUCUGAAUUCAAGAUAUAUUAUCUGAAAACAAAUCUGAAUGUUACUUUUUUGUGAAAAGCAAAACGGUGCAUCUUGUUUUUAAAUAUUUUUCUUGAAAAUGACAAAAAUAGACUGAAAUUUGUCUAAAUGUGUCUAAAUGUUGUUCUGCCCUACGGUUCUCUUCUUUGAAGCAAACUGCAUUUUUUUUUUUUCCUUUUUUCCUUUUUUGUCAAAUAGGUAGUUUUAGGGAAAUUGCUUGCGUAUUCACAUUUCAGUAUUUACUGGUAUUGUUAACCUUAUGCAUCAUUUUUAGUUGUUUUUAUUUUAAAAUUGCUUGCAAUAUAUUUUAUUCAUAAAAUUAAACCAACAGUAGAUGUCCUUGCCUUCGCAUUGUAUAUUUAGAAAUGUACCAUAGUUGUUGUUGAGCUGGGGCAGAGUUUAUGGUCUUUUUACAACAACGUUCUCCAUACAAAAAUAAUAAAAAACCACUGCCUCACAA